UCAAAUUCUGAGAAUAAGAAAGAUUUUGUGUUUGUUUCGUCUUUCUCUUUUAUUAAAACAUAUGUUUAUAUUCUUUGUUUGUCAAUUCUAAUUAAUAGUGCAGUGUAUUACGUUUGAUAUUAUCAUCAUUCACUAUUCAGUUCAGUUUCGUCUCUUGUAUCUGAUUAAAUUGCUUAAACCAUGUCUUACGCUUAUUUAUUUAAAUACAUCAUCAUAGGUGACACAGGUGUUGGAAAAUCAUGUCUAUUGUUACAAUUCACGGAUAAAAGAUUUCAACCAGUCCAUGAUUUGACCAUUGGAGUUGAAUUCGGAGCACGUAUGAUAACCAUCGACAAUAAACAGAUAAAAUUGCAAAUAUGGGACACUGCUGGUCAAGAAGCAUUCCGUUCUAUUACCAGAUCUUAUUAUCGAGGUGCAGCUGGUGCUUUGUUGGUAUACGAUAUAACUCGUCGUGAAACAUUCAAUCAUCUAACCACCUGGUUAGAAGAUGCCAGACAGCACUCUAAUUCCAAUAUGGUUAUAAUGUUAAUCGGUAACAAAAGUGAUCUCGAAUCAAGACGAGAGGUAAAACGAGAAGAAGGCGAAGCAUUUGCUCACGAACACGGUUUGAUAUUUAUGGAAACGUCAGCCAAAACAGCGGCCAAUGUCGAAGAUGCUUUUAUUAACACAGCCAAAGAAAUUUACGAAAAAAUACAAGAGGGAGUUUUCGACAUUAACAACGAAGCGAACGGUAUAAAAAUCGGACCUCAACAUUCUCCUACCAGCCCAAACUUACCGACAAGUAAUCGAAGAAUGGAAGGCAGCGGUUGUUGUUGAGUUGAAUUAUUAACGCUGCCAUUCGGUUCUUACCAAGAGUUUUUAUUUUUAUUUCGUCUCGAAAAAAAUGGAAACCCAUAUUCAGCUUUUAUUAUUUUUUUCCAAUCCUUCAGACCAAAAUUAUUAUUCGCAUCUGGCGAGUCUCUCUUUUUGAUAUCUCGAUUAAUUUAUAUAUUUUUACCGCCGGAACACGAUUGAAAAAAAGUUUUUACCUUUUGUAUUCGUGAGUACGCCAUUAUUAAUAAUACGAGUUUCGCUGCUCCUCCUCUCUCAUUACUUAAAAUUCUGUGUUUGCUUAAUAUACGUAUGCUUAAGUUGAAUGAAUGGCAUGCUGAUGUGGCUUUUUUUAUUUUUUAACCGAUAUAAAUACUUUUAAGAAUAUCAAAAUUACGUAAUUUCGUUCAAUUCGUUUUGUUACGAAUUACGAAUUUAUGUUAUUAAUUUAUAAUAACGUUGUUCGAGUAUGUUUUUAUAUAAUAAGGUUGUUUUUGAAGAAAAAAAAAAAAAGGCUUCUCGUUAUACUUUUUUUCCCUUCAUUUUAUCGUAGAAUACGGUUAUGAUUUUUAGCAACGCGUUUCGUAAUAAAUUUGUCAAGUUUUUUUUUUUUUGGAGUUAUAUUAUUUUAUCUUUUUUUUUUAAAUCCCUUUUUUUUCUACGCACAAUAUUUAUAUAUUUAUAGAUAGAUUACUCGAGUACUAGGAUUUAAUGCAGGCUUCCUUAUUGGGAAAAGUUACACUUUGGUUCGUAUGUCGUGUCGUGUAUUGUACAAUUUGUGAUAUUAGAUUGAGAAUUAUCACGGAGGAAUAAUUAUUACUGUAAUCGUAACUAGUCUAUUUAAAUAAAAUAAGUGUUUAAUGUACAUAAUUUGGAAUUUUAAAUAUAUCAAUAGUUUAUCAUUUGACUAUGACACCGAA